AUGGAGCCAAAUGCAGUCCCGAGUGCGCCAUCGCCAUCGGCAGGCGACUUGAUUCUACAGCAACGAGCCGAGGCUCUUCAAUCAAAAGGCGAUGGAUCUCUCCUGUCUCAACUGACCAGUAAUCCCUUGUUCACAGCGGGCUUUGGCCUCGCAGGACUGGGGGCUGGACUGACUUUCGCACAAAAAGGCGUCCGACAUGGCGCAGCUCUUCUCCGCAGGCGCAUGCUAGUGGACGUGGAGAUCAGCAUCAAGGAUGAUUCCUAUCCGUGGUUCUUGCACUGGAUGACACUGUACCAGCAGUCUCAGCUGUCUGCCACCAAGGCUGCAGCGAACAGCACCAGCUACAUGGACCGGUUCCUUCAAAGACUCACACCCGGCAUGCGCCACCUCUCGAUCCAGACACAGAAGCUCGAGCACUCGAACGGGGCAAUCCACACCCAUUUCUCGCUGGUUCCCGGUCCUGGAAAGCAUGUUCUACGGUAUAAGAACGCGUUCAUCUUCGUGAAUCGUAUGCGCGAGUCAAAAUCCCGCGACAUCCAGACCGGAAAGCCAUGGGAGACGAUUACCCUGACUACCCUCUACUCCCAGCGCCACAUCUUUGAGGAUCUCUUCACCGAAGCCCAUGCCUAUGCCGCUAAAUCGCACGAAGGCAAGACCACAAUCUAUAACAGCUGGGGAACGGAAUGGAAACCGUUUGGAAACCCCCGUCGGAAGCGUCCCUUGGAGUCUGUGAUUCUACAGGAAGGGGUGAAGGAGCGUAUUGUGGAAGAUGUUAAUGACUUCAUUGAAAGCUCGUCGUGGUACCAUGACCGUGGCAUUCCGUACCGCCGAGGAUAUCUUCUGUACGGCCCUCCUGGCACAGGCAAGAGUUCAUUCAUCCAGGCGCUAGCGGGCGAGUUGGACUACGACAUCGCCAUUCUCAACUUAAGUGAGCGGGGGCUGACAGAUGACCGGCUCAACCAUCUCCUCACGAUUGUACCCAACCGCACACUUGUCUUGCUCGAGGAUGUGGAUGCGGCAUUUUCGAAUCGUCGUGAACAAAGCGAUGCCGAUGGUUACCGGGGCGCCAACGUCACCUUCUCGGGUCUGCUCAAUUCCCUGGAUGGUGUCGCGAGUGCGGAAGAGAGGAUCAUCUUCCUGACCACCAACCAUGUCGACCGCUUGGAUGAGGCCUUGGUCCGACCUGGCCGUGUGGAUAUGACCGUUCGCUUGGGCGAGGUCACUCGCUACCAGGUUGGGUGCCUCUGGGAUCGAUUCUACGCCGACAUCGAUACCGACGGGCAGUAUCGCGCGGUGUUCUUACACCGGCUUCAAGAGCUUGGCUUGAUCGAAGAUGAAGCAGGCAACAAGGCCGAUCCUUCUUUGAACGCCAGUGCCGCAGCUCUCCAGGGAUUGUUCCUCUACAACAAGGGGAACAUGGAGGGUGCAAUCACCAUGGCUGAAGGUCUCACCUAUAGUGCCCACACUGAGGCGCUGGGCCAGGAUCCCAAGAGAGACUAG